AUGCAAGUGUUGGUUUUGACUCCCUUCAUUUUUGGCGUCGUCCUCGGCCAUACUGUGCCCAAACUUUGUGAGAAUGGAACUGGGGAAUGCAAGGAAUUAAGCGGCUGUCCGACCAUAUUUCAUAACCUGGCUUCAAUCGGACCUUAUGUGAAAUAUUGCGACGAGUUCAACGACAUUGUCUGCUGUCCACUGCCAAUUAAUAUGCAAAGCCAGGUGCAGCCAUUCUCCACCGAAUGCCGCCGCUAUAAUGAGAUAAGAGCUUCCUGCCGUUCCACGCCUUUUAUAGUGGGAGGCACCAAGGCCGAGGGCCGCGAAUUUCCCUUUAUGGCAUUGCUGGGACAACGUAGGAAAAACUCUUCACAUAUUCAAUGGGACUGCGGUGGCAGCCUCAUUCAUCCCAAGUUCGUGCUAACCGCCGCCCAUUGCCUGGAGACCAGUGAGACCAAGGCCCAACGCCUGGAUCCCAACUACGACUGUCCCAAAUAUGUGGUAAGACUGGGAGAACUGGACUACAAUAGCAACACGGAUGAUGCCCGGCCACAGGACUUUAUGGUGGUCAACUAUGUGGUGCAUCCUGGUUAUGGCGAAGAUGAUGACACCGGAAGUCGCUUCAAUGACAUUGCUCUUCUCGAACUGGACAAAGAGGCUACCUUCAACGAGUAUGUGGCACCUGCCUGCCUGCCACCAGGCAGUGGAAAUGAGUAUCCUCAGGUGACUGCUGCCGGUUGGGGAGCCACCUCAGAGGGUGGGAAAGGUUCCUCGCAUCUCCUCAAAGUCACCCUGGAACGCUUCGAGGAGCAGCAGUGCAGCGAACGCCUGAGCCACAAGAUCGAUGUGCGGACUCAGCUCUGUGCGGGAUCCAGGAGCAGCAGUGGCGAUACUUGCUACGGGGACUCCGGAGGACCUGUCUUUGUCCAGCAUCCCGUUUACACCUGCCUCAAGCAAGUGAUUGGUGUCACAUCCUAUGGCAUUGUGUGCGGUGUUGAGGGACUGCCCAGUGUUUACACCAAGGUUUAUCUCUACACCGACUGGAUUGAGAAUAUCGUGUGGGGUGAAUAA